GCGUCCAGGUUGCCAGGCGAAGGCCAAGCGCUAACAAAGCCCGAUUGGUCCCACCCCACCUCCCCGGUCCCUUGAGCCCGAAGCCGGUACCGUCUUUCCCCGCCCGGGUUCUGCGGCUUUCCCCUCCGCCAAGGGUGCGUGGGACUGGUUCUGUCUCCACACCUCCUGCCUGAGGCCAGACGCGAGGUAUCAAACAGCCGGUUUGGGAGGAGCCUCAGGCUAGGCAUUGGGGGAUUCCGUAGUGAGCAGAAACUGUUCCUACCCUCAAGUUUAGUCUUUUGGGGGUGGCAGAUGUUAAUCGAAGAAUGAUACAAAUACUGUAAAAUUAGAGCUGAGCUACGUGCUGCUAAGGAGAGGUAGGUCGACCAAGCAAUGCCUCAGACAGAUAAGCAAAUAUGCAUCCCCCCGGAGCUGCCGGAAUUGCUGAAGCAAUUCACCAAAGCCGCCAUUCGGACCCAGCCGCAGGAUCUCAUCCAGUGGGCUGCAGAUUAUUUCGGGGCUAUGUCCCGUGGAGAGAUUCCUCCAGUGAGAGAGCGGUCUGAGCGAGUGGCUUUGUCUAACUGGGCAGAGCUUACACCUGAGCUGUUAAAGAUCCUGCAUUCUCGGGUUGCUGGAAGACUGAUUAUCCACGCAGAUGAGCUGGCCCAGAUGUGGAAGGUGCUGAGUCUCCCAACAGACCUGUUUAAUAGUGUGAUGAAUGUGGGCCGUUUCACGGAGGAGAUCGAGUGGCUGAAGUUUUUAGCUCUUGCUUGCAGUUCUCUUGGAGUCACCAUUGCCAAAACUCUCAAGAUAGUGUGCGAGGUGUUAUCAUCUGACCAUGACAGUGGACCUCCCCGGAUCCCAUUUAGCACCUUCCAGUUUCUCUACACAUAUAUUGCUGAGGUGGACGGGGAGAUCUCUGCCUCACAUGUCAGCCGAAUGCUGAACUACAUUGAACAGGAAGUAAUUGGUCCUGAUGGUUUAAUCAAAGUCAAUGACUUUACCCAAAACCCCAGGGUUCGGCUGGAGUAAAAGCACAGUUUUGGCCAUUUUAAAGGAAGAUAACAGAGUUGAUUGUGCUUCAGAACGACUGAACCCCACGCACCACCGAAUGUCAAUUUUCUUGUACAACUGGUCCACACCAAUAAACAAUUAAGCAAACCUAUGAA